GCUAUGUAUGUGGGUAGGAUGUUUGUCAGUUCAUUGAAGUUUCCAUGCCUCGGCAUCGGAACAUGGAAGGGGGCUCGCCUAUUGAGACAGAGGUCGUUCGGUACCAGUGCCUGUGCCUUGAAACAAGAUGAUUUUAUGAAAGAACUGGACAAGAACUUUGUACAGUUCCACAAGAAACUGAUGGAUAGUCUACCCACCAGUGACUGGAGUCCAUUUACACCCAUUGGAGACCUACCACCCGAGCGAGUUGAUGUAGUCAUAGUUGGAGGUGGAGUGAUGGGAUGGUCUAUUGCGUAUUGGCUAAAACAGAAAGAAAACCGCAGGGGUGCUCUCAGAGUUGUGGUGGUGGAGAGGGAUCCAACAUAUUCCCGUGCUUCUACAGUCCUGUCAGCUGGAGGCAUACGUCAGCAGUUCUCCCGACCAGAAAAUAUCCAUAUGUCACUCUUCUCAGCCCAGUUUCUGCGAAAUAUCAAUGAACAUCUUGGUGUUGUCAAUGAGGAUCAUAUAGACAUUCAGUUUAACCCAUCGGGAUACCUCUUUUUGGCCAGUGAAGAAGGUGCUACUGUAAUGGAGGAAAACUACAAUGUCCAGAGAGAGUGUGGAGCCCAAGUAACACUUCUGUCACCACAUCAGUUGAAGAAGAAGUUUCCCUGGGUCAAUACAAAUGGUGUGGCACUUGCUUCCUAUGGCUUAGAAAAUGAAGGUUGGUUUGACCCUUGGACGCUGCUCAAUGCUUUCCGGAGAAAAGCUCUCUCUAUGGGGGUUUACCAUUGCCAUGGGGAGGUAACAGAUUUCAGCACCACUAAGCGUGAAAUGAUGACUGCAGAUGGUGACCCUGUGACAUUCAGUAGGAUCGGACAUGUUACUGUACUAAUGCCAAAUAGCCUAGAGAGCCAAAAUGUAGAGUGUGCCCUAGUGAUCAAUGCAGCUGGUGCCUGGUCCUCAAAUGUUGCUGAAUUGGCUGGGAUAGGUAUCGGGCCAUCAGAUUCAUUAGAAUCGGUAAAGCUUCCUGUGGAGCCCAAAAAGAGAUAUAUAUUUGUGGUUCACUGCCCUGAUGGACCUGGACUGGACUGCCCAUUGCUGAUUGACAGUUCAGGAGUCUAUUUCAGGAGAGAAGGACUUGGAGGCAACUAUAUAGCAGGAAAAUCCCCAACUGAGGAAGAAGAGCCAGAUAUAAGUAACAUGGAAGUAGAUUAUGAUUUCUUCCAACAGAAGGUGUGGCCAUUACUGGCGCAUAGAGUGCCAGCUUUUGAAUCCCUAAAGGUUAAAACAGCUUGGGCUGGAUAUUAUGAUUACAAUACCUACGAUCAGAAUGGGGUGGUGGGAAUGCAUCCACUUGUAAACAACUUAUUCUUUGCCACUGGGUUCAGUGGCCAUGGCUUGCAGCACUCGCCUGCUGUGGGACGCGCAGUGGCCGAGCUCAUUGUGGAUGGAAGCUUCCAGACUAUUGAUCUCAGCUCUUUUUCGUUCAGGCGUUUUGUCUCUGAGGAGCCUCUUUUGGAGCGGAACAUAGUGUGAGCUACUGGAGAGUAUACACGAAAAAACUGGUGGAAGAAGGUGCUGGCAGACAGCCAUUGCCAGUUUCCUGCAUUGAGUGACCAGUCUGCAUCCAGGAGCAACUCCUCAAAGACCUAAAUCAAAGGAACAACAAUGUCAGACAGAAAAGGGAAUUGUAUCUUAAGAUAAAACACCAAAUGGAAAGCACAAUGGUGCCUAAGCUGCUUUACUCUUUCUGGACUUAAAAAAAAACAAAACAAUUUUGCUUUUAUAGUUUUUAUUAUUACGGGCAGAAUCAGUUACUAUCUGUAUUUAUAUAUUUUUAUAUUGUUACAUGAAUGCACAAUUUCACAAUGACAUUUCAUAGCACACGCGGAUGGAACAAAUACUGUAAUGAAUACAAAAUAAAUAUACAAAUUUACACCUCA